UGGCGGACGGCGGCGGGUGCGGAGAGAGAGAGCGGGCAGAGGAGCGGAGGAGAGGGGAGCAGAGGUCACUGACGUCACCAACGCCAGCUGCUCAAGGUCAGCUAAGGUCAUCAGAGUCCAUCCAAGGUCACCGACGGACCGUCGAUUGUCAGUGAAAGUUUCACAAAAUUAUCUACCGGAGGUGGAAGGCAGGGAUCCAGAUCAAGAUGCAAACGUUACUGGUGCUCGUCUCGCUGUACCUGAUGGUGGACAGGGGGAGGUCGUUCUCAGUGGCCGACCUGCCCUGCGUCCAGCGGCUCAACCAGCUGUACUGCAAGCACCAGGGACCGCUCUACCCGGCGGAGCGGAUAGACCAGUUUAUCGAUCUGAACAAGGCUCUAACGCUGAGGAUGUUCGGAGAGGAGCCCCCUGCCGAGGUCACCACCGGCCCGCGACCCAGUGACGUCACCAUGGCUCCGCCGCCCAGUGACGUCACCACCACGAACGUCACCAUGGCCGGCGCUAUGAUGCCGAAUACCAUGCCGGGGAUGCGGAGAUUUCACACCGUACAGCGGGUGCACUACUCUACUCGGACGGUGAGUCCACUACUCUACCCGGACGUACAGCGGGUCCACUACUCUACCCGGACGUCGUGGCGCGGCAGGCGGUCAGCGAACGAGACAGUGGCGCCACGGGCGGCGGGACGGCGAACUAAGAGAGACGACCCGAUCCCGGCGCCGCCGACCAUUGACAAAAACAGCGAACACAGGGUGGAUAGCUGCGAGUCGCGGAUGGAGAUAAUGACGCCCUUCUGGGCGGAGAACUCGGCAAAGGAGGUGCGAGUGAUCGUCAACACGAAAAACUUUCCGCAGGCGAUCCGCGUCGAAAUCUGCACGCGUCCCACGACCAGCUACUGCAGCGGAAACUGUCUGUGUGAGCAGAAGUACACCUGGUACAGACUGCUGGCCUACGACCCGGAUAAUGACUGUAAGGGCAUCUUCAUCGACUGGUUCCUGUACCCGUCCUGCUGCGCUUGCCGCUGCAAACCCUGACAACUGCAGUGCAAAUGCCGGCCACUGGCGAGCGGGCGCGAGGGUGUGUGUGUGUGUGUGUGUGUGUGUGUGUGUG